AUGCGCACUCGGGCUCCUCGCGCCUCCAGGGUUCCAGACAGUUGGGAGUUGGACCGACUUGGGCUCUGGCUCCGGCUGCGGCUCCAGCUCCCGGAGGCCCUCCUGACGGCCUGCCCUCCCGGGGCCAUGAAGAAGGCCGUCGCCAAAAGCAGAAAAGAAAAACAAGUCAGCCUCAAGGUCAAGUCGUCUGUGCACAACUUGAGCAAAACCCAGAAGACCAAACUCCCUGUGGGCAGCCUGGGCUUAGGCCUGAUAAUCAUCCAGCACGGGCCCUACCUCCAGAUCACCCACCUCCUCAAGAAGGGGGCUGCAGCCAGCGACGGAACACUUCAGCCAGGUGAUGUUCUGAUUAGUGUUGGCCAGGCCAAUGUGUUAGGAUAUACUCUUCGGGAAUUUUUAAAGCUUUUGCAAUGCAUCACCACAGGAACAGUGCUGCAAAUCGAGGUUUACCGAGAUUUUAUUGACAUACCCCAAGAAUGGCAAGACAUAUAUGAUUUAAUCCCUGAGACCAAAUUCCCAGUAACAUGCACAACGAAGAAAACUGAGCAGGCAAAAGAUGACUCUUUCACAAGCAGUGACAAGGAAGAUGUAGUUUUAGAUAAAAAACUUAAGUAUUAUAAAUCCCCACGGUCCACUGGGCAUCAUCCUGCAAGGAGACCCAUGUCGAUCUCCAGAGAAUGGCAUGAAUACCAAAAGAAGAAUCAGCCCGUGAGCGUAGGAACAGACCUGCACUGUGACAUCAUGAUUCACGGAGACUACAAGAAAGAAGGGAGGGCCCCUUCCCCUUACUGGACAAUGGCGAAGCAGGACAAGGACAGCUCCUCCUCCUCCUCCGCCUCCUCCGCAUUCUGGCUGGAAGACUGUGCCCAAGCUGAGAAGGGCAAGGGCCAGCCUGCACCCGGAGUUGGUUAGUAGUUGGCCAAUGU